GAGUCGUCAGCACUGCAAUACUACCAGCACCAACCAUGGGCGUUCUAUCUUGGUGGAAAGGCAGCGACAACAACAAGAAGCAGUCCCAACAAUCGGAGAACUCCAAAUCCUCUCCAAACCCUAAGCCCUCCGAGGUUCCGGGCAUGAACGGCGCCGUCGAGGUCCCUCGUCCGCCGCCAAACAUCACCGUCUUCGAGUUCGGGUCCGUCGCCGCCUCCGCCGACAAAGUCACGCUCGCCGGAUACUGCCCCGUCUCCGACGACCUCGAGCCCUGCCGCUGGGAGAUCCUUCCUGCGAGUUCCUCCGACGCGCCGCAGUUCCGCGUCGCCUUUUGACAUGAAAAGGAUGUCAUUUGAAGUUUGCGUUAUGGUUUUGUUGGAAUUUGAGGCCCGAACGGAAAAAAGAUGUAAUUUUUGUUUGAUAAUCGAUUUUCUUGUUAUGCGAAUUGAGUUUCUUUUGCAAUUAAUUUUUCUAGUUUGUUCUUGCUUUAGUAGUUCAGUAGCCGUGGAGCUGAUGAAAAUAUGAAAUAAGGGAUUAAUAUUAGAUAAUUAGGAAUUAAUAUAGCAUAUUAGAAGAAACCCAGAUUGUGCAUUCUGUUCACGAGCUUUUCUCUUGUGAAUUGAUUGGAUAAAUGGCUCAGAAGUCUGUUUUUCCCUAAUCCUCUUAUUAUUUUGUUAUUAUCUUUUUCCCUAAUCCACUUUGUGAUUUGUGAAGUUAUGAUGAAGCGUUGUGUGGAAGGGCGGUUUUGAAGCUAAUAAGGACUAAAUAGAGGUUUAUUGGAGGUUUGGGGUACAAAUGAAAAGG